AUGAACGAAACCAAAAAGGUGGUGGAGAGGAGAUGGAAUGAUCUAUCACGACUACAGCUCGAGUUGCCUGAAAAGACUGACAAAAAAAACACCAAAGACCCCUGUGAGUGCAAAGGGUUCGUCAACGGUACCGUGAGUGAUUUCGACGGUAAACAGCUCAACAUGAGGAGCUUCCAAUCCACGAAGUCCUACCUCGUGUUGCAGGAGAUAACUAAAAACGACGCGACGCUCAUUCCACCAAAGCUUCUGGAUUAUCUUGUGGGCAUGUCAAGCACUUAUACCUGCACCCCUUUGGGCUGUACGAUGCGAGAGAGCACUGACUACCUCAUCCGCGAGCUCUUCCGCCGCCUCCAAACUGGCCAAGUGUGGGUCGCCCUGAAGGUGUUCUAUGUGUUCUAUCAGCUCCUGUGGAGGGGUUCACGGAGUCUGAUUGAAAGCGCGUAUGCGCUGGAUAUACCAUUCCUUAGUAUCGACGCUAUUGUGAAACGGAUCAAAAUAACACCACAGGAGAAUAUAUCUGGGGCACCACUCCCGUGCACGCUCCCGUGCGUCGUGGGAGGUGACAAUCGACCUCCUCAUAGAAAUGUUCCACAACACAGUGGCGUGAUGGCGGAGUCCAUGCAAAACGCUACAAAUACAUGUAAAGCAACAACCCGUCGGGCAUCUGGUAGCUCCAUGAACUGUUUAUCUCCCCAAUGUAGUAAGUAUUCAUAUCCCGGAAAUGCCAACGCUUGCAAGGAGCAAACCACCUGGCUUUACUGCACAAAUGAGGAAUAUUUGAGCAGCUGCGUGUCACCUGAAUUCACGUACAACUGCCUUGGGUACAUCGGUGCGCUGUGUGAGUACUGCUACCAGCAUCCCGAAGUGGAUCUCGCGAAUAGCCGCUUGCUUUCAACUUUCGCGACUAAUGCCGGCAUCCCUGAGUUGAAGGAGUUGUGCGAGGAUACCUUGGAGCUGCUCCAGAGCACUGCAACGCUUGUCGUGGACGUUCCCGUUGGCUGCGACCUGGUCAUUUCGAUGCUUCACACGCGGCUGAGCGAUGCGCGUGUGCUUUACUCCAUCUUUUGCCAUGCCUUGGCGAUGUUCCUCGACGCAUCUAUUUCCAAAGUGAUCCAAGUCUUCAACGAGUACAACAUGGGGUUAGAUAUCUCGCAGCUCACCCACGCCUCUGAGGAAGGGGAGCUGCGUAAAUACAUGAAUAGUUUCAGGACGAACGGCAACAUCGCCGGUACCAGCAUGAGCUCACUCUCAAGUAACACUAAGUGUACAUGUUCGCUAGAGUUUAUGUACGCAUGGAUGUGUAACUCGACACUCCUUAAGGAUUGGUAUAACAUUCUCCACCAGCUCGAUCGCACCGUCCGAAUGCUACAGAACGUCUGUGAGGCCGUGAAAGCGGAUAGCGGUGAGGCGCUUGCACUCGCAAACUACACGACUCGCAUCCCAAAGGAGCUGUUGGCGCGGAUGAGUGUGUUGGUUCGGAUGACGCGCGAGGAAUUGCCCUGCAAGAAUGAUGACGAGGGUGAACUUACGUCGAUGACAGAUACGUCAGAUCCGAGUUCCGUGGUCGUGCGGACGGGUUCCGAUCCCCCUUCCACGGCGGCCGAACCUCGGGGCGUUGUUGGUGCGCCCUCUGGAGCUGCCGCGCCGUCUGGAUCGGUUGUAGGGGUGCCAAGCUUAUCUGGUGGUACCGACUUCAAAAUCUUGAAGGAACGUCUUUCCUACGCGAAGACCACCUGGACGAUACAGAUGAAGUGUCUUCGGGGGCUCUUCAAGGCGGAUAGCAGCGCCACACCGCUCCUGAACACCAUUGAAAAGAAGCUUGCCAUCUAUAUUGACUCGUUGGAUGCAGUGUGCACGAAGCGAUACAAGACCGCCCUCUCAUCGGGAUCGAGCAUGGGACGACGCCUGUUGUCCGGGACAGCGGGUCUUACCGAGAAUGGAACGGAUAAGCUCGGCUCCAUCUCCACCCCUUUAUUCAGCCUUGGGGAUUUGCGAUGGCCGAAACAGAGCGACGAGACGUCGCACGCCAACUCCCUCGCCACGCGGCGGGUUUCGCUGGAGGAUCCGCUGACCAGUCGCGCCGCUGGCUUCUCCCCCCACGCCGACCUCGGCCGCCACGGCGAGGAGUCCUCUGGUAUCUUCUUGGCUUCCUUUGAGGACCACGGCGCGAACAAAGGGGAUGCGUCGCUGGCGAACAGCAGUCAGGAGGGGACCCCUCAUGAACGCGAGUCCGUCGGGACCGCGCAUCUUCAACCUUCUCGCGCCUAUCGCUUUCACAGCCGUGGCUCGGAGCCCACCAUGUCCUCGGUGCAGACCUUUGUAGAAAAUGACGGGACGGAUGCGGAGAGCUGCUCGAUGGAGGUCGAGGUGACGCCCUUGACGGAGGACAUGACGUGCACGAACGCGUCGAUCCAAAGCCUUCUCGAGAAGGACGACGUCGUCGUGGUGUGCAACGAGCCGCUGUCGACGAGGGACGACGGGAAUAUGGCGGAGCGCUUCCACAUCAUCCGCGCCCACGCGCCGAUCGGGGAAGGGAGCUACAGCAGCGUCUACCGCGCCUGGGAUGAGCUGAUGGGGCGCUACCUCGCCGCGAAGGAAGUGGCGCUGGACGCGAAGCGGCUCCCCGCGGUGGUGCGCGGGGUCCUGAAGGAGUACAUGGUCCUCACCAGCCUUCGCCACCCCAACAUCGUCCACGUCGUCGCCUUCAUGAUCGACGGCCAUUCCUGCAAGAUUUUCAUGGAGUGGAUGCCAUCCGGCUCGUUGCGGGAUGUGCUCCGGGAUAGCCGCUCCGGCGCCCUCCGCGAGAGCGUCGUCAGCCGCUACGUCCGGGAUACGCUGCUCGGGCUCGGCUUCCUGCACAGCCGCGGCGUCCUGCACCGUGAUGUGAAGCCCGCAAACAUGCUGCUGGGGACGGAGGGCUCCGUGAAGCUGACGGACUUCGGGACGAGCGUGCUGCUGUCGGAGAACGAGCACACGCUGGAGUCGGGGGUGAUCAUGGGGACGGCGCCGUACAUGGCGCCGGAGGUCGUCCGUGGCGUAUACUCCGCCGCGAGCGACGUGUGGUCGCUGGGGUGCACCGCGCUGGAGCUCGCGACCGGGCACGUCCCAUGGGAGGAUCUCGGGACGGGCAUCCGGUUGAACCCCGUUCAGUUGAUCUACAAAAUCGGCAAGCUGAGCGAGAACGACAAGCCAGAUCUGCCGCAUUCCUACUUACGCGCCGCACGGACGGAGCAUGCUGAUGGCGCCGGAGCGGAGUCCGACUCACGGCAAAAGCCGGUGCCGGUGGUAUCCGAGGACUUUCUCAGCUUCCUGGAUCAGAUAUUCGUCCUCGAUCGUCACGCGCGAGCGACGGCCGCGGAACUGCUGGAGCAUCCGUUUAUCACCAAACAUCACGAGGAGUGGAAGCUUCGGCAAGUAGAACUGGAGGCGGUGGCGAACCGCCCGAAUAGCGAAAUGCAUUCUAAAAAGGAGGAAAGGACCCAGUGA